CUUGUGACGUGUUUUGGAGACCGGAUCGUGACUGCUACGUCAGCCCGUCUCAUCGUUACUCCAAUCAUACUGCAGUGAACCUGGAUUGUAGGUCCAAGACAGAACAGAACAUCCUUUCAGAACGCCUUCGGUCAAGUGUGACACUGAUAUCGUGUCUAAGAGUCAGUUGAACCUCAGGACCAUAACCUAACGAUGUCUUCGCGCAUCAGCAACUUACAGCUACCACCUAAUGAGCGCAAAGCUUCUAUUCCUCAAAGCACGCAUGAACUGCCCGACCCCAACAGUCCGACCGCUGAUCAAGGGUCCGAUCGCGCCUCGGCCACUGGCUCACCUAUAUCGAAACUUCCUGGAGAACUGCUCUUGAUGAUUUUCCAGUACCACCAGAGACAGAAGGUUACCUAUAACCGCGACGAUCCUUCAUUCGUCAAGUAUCGGGGGACAAUCGCGUCGACCUGCGCCGCAUGGAGAGGCCUGGCUCUUGGCAUAUCAACUUGGUGGAAUAUUCUUGUGUAUGACGGUUCACAACGCUCGGGUGAGAUGUGCGGUCUUUACAUGGAGCGUGCGGGACACUCGAACAUCUAUCUGGGCGUCGAGAACGGGAGAGAAUGGGAUGACGACGUCGCCAAGGAUUGGAUGAAAAUUCAUGCAAACUCCCUCGCGCGCUGCAAUCAUUUAAACAUCAGAUUGUUCAAUUCAUCUCGAUUCCAACUCCCCGUUCCGUUGCCUGCACUGCGAAGGUACGAAUGUACUACAGACGGAUUCUCCAAUUCAAGUAUUCCUGGUUCUCAUCCUUCAUUGGAGAGAAUAACUCUCUCGAACGUCAGGAAUUCAUAUUUCCCCUGGGCACCUUUGGGUGAUGCGUGUGGCCUCACUCAUUUGGAAAUUUAUCUUCCGUGUGCUGGUACACCGAUGGGGUUGGCCCCUUUUCUCACCUCAUGCCACGACCUCAAAUUCCUGGCGCUGACUUUAGGGGGGCCGGGCAUAUUCGGGGACGAGUUGAGAGUAACGCUUCCUUCGCUAGAAUCCCUCCAGGUGUACGGAUCUGCAUUCGAGAUAUUUGGCAGAUAUGUGAGCGCGCCUCAGCUAAAGCGGCUAAGGCUAGACACGCAAUCUAUGCGGGGAGACUUUGGGCCUGCGCUGCGUACAUUUCCAUCCCUCGAGCACCUAGAGACUCCUCUUUCGCCCUAUAUCACAACCGCACCUCUUUUGGAACUCAUCCCGAGGCUAUCCAUCCUAAGGUUGAUUCGCGUCUCAGAGACUGAUCUACACUCCUUUUUGGAAAUCGUCAAUUCUUUGACCGAACUCGCUACGUCCUACACACUGCAUCCUCCCAACAACAAAUCCUGGUUCCGCUUACGAAGCUUCGAGAUUUCGCUUAGGCUGAGAAGGGAUAUUUGGGAUGCGCUGCGAUCCGGUCUAUUGCUGGCCAUCAAAUCGAUGCAUCGAAUACUCGAAAUAGCAUCAUCAGGAGAAGCAUUUCAAACGCGGGUGGAGAUCAGCAUCAAACAUAUGGAUAACUCAUUGACCGACCCUACGACUUCCGAAUUGCCGCAUCAUGAUGUCCUUGUGUAUGGUGCACUACCCCAGCACGAGGUUUGGAAUGUGUGGGAUGAAUGUAGCUGAAUACAGUAGGCGUGUGGUUUGGAGAAAGGUAUGUUCUGCCAGAGAAGGUCCUCGUUUCUUGAGAGAAGAUGUUGUGAACUGUAUUUCUGAGUACUCUAUGGCUUCAAAGUAAUGUGCCAGCAACACUGGUCACGGCGACUAUUGCAAAAUGCAGUAUCGUCACAAUCCGCGUUUC